AUGAAUCCAGCAAUGACACCUUGUGCAGCACCUCCUGGAUACUAUGGUGGACCAUACCUGCCAACUCUUAAUCCAUACGGGUAUCCAACUCCUUGUGUACCAGUCCCUGGGAGCUAUCCAGUACCAUUUCCUGGAUAUAGUGGACCAUUCCUACAACCAUUCAUUGGACCACCACAGCCAAAUCCAAGCAUACUAUAUGCUUAUGGCCCACAUCCUGGAAGGUUUCAACCUGGAUACAUGGUACCACAACAGACAUACCCCCAACCAUGCAUGUAUGGAGGACCACCAAUGCCACCACCACCGUUGGCACACACACACACACAGGAUGGGGAAGCUGUGCAGUGUCCUUCUAUGCCAGCCAAUGGAAUUCCAAACAACCAAGGCCAGGAACUAUCACAUGGUUCUUCACCAUUGAAACCUGGAGACGCCAGCAGCUGUGAAACUGUCCUGCCUGUAGCAGUAAACAAUCAACAGCAGCAGCAGCAGCCAACAUUUACUGCAGCAGUGUGCCACCAGCAGCAGAUGUCCACAGUUCCAAGAAAGAGUCAACCAAGUUUUCCACAAAUACAGAGUGGUGAUAAAUCACCUGCUAGUACUCGGUGGAAUACCAUGGUGUCGAUUGGUGAUCUCAAUAUUCCUGGAACUUCAACAACACCUGACAUAGAAGAGAAAGAUGUUCCUGAUGGCAGUCCAUCGGAGUUAUGGCAACCGAGUAGUGAGUAUUCAACUGCUAGUUGCCAAACAACUCCAGACACUAAUGAUACAUCUCAUUGCCAACAGCAAACCCUGGACUUGACUGCAGAUACACAGCCUCAUGGGAGUGAUGCUUUGCCUGAGCAUAGCAAUGGCAAAGUUGUGAAUGCUCAGACAAUUGACAAUUUACAGGAGCCCUCCUACCAAUAG